AUGUCCGGCGAGAAGCGACCUGCUCAAGAGGCCUUCGGGUCCUCCAACCAGCUAGUCGUCAAGCGAAAGAAGUCCGAUGCUGGUAUCGAUAACAGUGCAGCUGUGGUCAAGGGCUCUUCGCAAAACGGGGCUCUCGUGCAAGCAGUUCCCCGCACCAGCGGGCUUCAGGCCCCAAUCAUGGAAUUGACAGGUCAUUCUGGCGAGGUUUUCUCUGUACGAUUUGAUCCAACGGGUCAGCACAUUGCUUCAGGAUCGAUGGACAGAUCAAUCUUACUCUGGAAUACUUACGGAGAAUGUGAGAAUUAUGGCGCAUUGUCGGGUCAUCGGGGUGCUAUCCGUGAUCUUCAAUGGUCUCGAGACUCCAAGACGAUAUUCUCCGCAUCGACAGACAUGACGCUUGCCAGCUGGGACCUAGAAACAGGUCAAAGGAUCCGACGACACGUGGGCCAUGAAGAUUAUAUCAAUUGUCUUGAUAUCAGCAAAAGAGGCCAGGAGUUACUGGUUAGCGCUAGCAAUGAUGGCAGCAUAGGUAUCUGGGAUCCUCGGCAGAAAGACGCUAUCGAUUGUUUGGAAACCGAACUCCCUAUCACUGCGGUGGCCCUCUCCGAGGCUGGGAACGAGAUAUUCAGUGGUGGUAUCGACAACGCCAUUCAUGCUUGGGAUCUUCGAAAGAAAAGUAUUGUAUAUUCCUUAACAGGACACACGCACACCAUCACCUCGCUCGAACUAUCCCCAGACUCGCAAUCGCUUCUCUCCAACUCUUUCGACUCUACUGUACGGACGUGGGACGUUCGGCCAUUCGCACCAACCAAUCGACACAUUCGAACUUUCGAUGGCGCUCCAGUUGGUCUGGAAGAGAAUUUAAUUCGGGCCAGUUGGGACGCGACGGGUGAGAAGAUCGCCACCGGAAGCGGUGACCGAAGUGUUGUCGUGUGGAACUCUAAGAGCGGGAAGCUCCUAUACAAAUUACCAGGACAUAAGGGAACUGUUAAUGAUGUUCGGUUUUCACCGAGCAACGAGCCCAUCAUUGUGUCCGGGUCAUCUGAUCGCACUCUUCUGCUCGGCGAACUUGGCAAGUGA